AUGAAGCUUGCUGAAGCUGAAGCAGAAUCAGAAUCAGGCGGGAAAAGGAAUGAAGAAAAGAUUAGAGACAAUGCAGUUCGGGGCAUGGAAGAACUGCAGUGCAAGAUUUCUGAGAUUGAUAAUAGUUUAGAAAAGAUGCAUGGCGAGAUACAGAUAAUGGAGAAGAAGGAGUACCAAGGUGUACUAGCUGGUAAGAGCAGUGGAAAUGAAGACAAGUGCCUUGAGGAUCAAUUAGGUGAUGCCAAGAUAGAAGUUGGAAGGACGGAGACUGAAUUAAAGCAGUUGCAGACAAGAAUAAGUCAUUGCGAGAAAGAGUGGAAGGAGAAAAGCAGCCAGUUAUUAUCAAAACGCAAAGAAGCUGUUGCUGGAGAGAAUGAGCUGAAUGUUAGGAGAAAAGAUGUUGAAAAAGCUCAGAAGGCUUUGGAAUCUCUUUCCUGUGAAGAGUGUCAUAUGGAAGCAUUGCAAAAGGAUUGUGCUGCUAAAGUAGAGAUGGUGCAGAAGUUUAAAGACGAAAUGCGGAUUCUAUCAUUGCAAUUGGGUAAUGUGGACUUCAGUUACAUUGACCAUGCAAAGAACUUUGAUAGGUCAAGGGUGAAAGGGAUGGUUGCAAGACUAAUUAAAGUGAAGGAUAGUUCUGGAAUGACUGCCCUUGAGCCAUCCUGUCCCACAGAGUCCAAACUGCUGCGGUUAGACUGGUUGGCGAAGGCAAUGCUGAAGUGGCACUCUCUUGUUGGAUGUGAUGAGGAACUGCAAGUUGCCUUCAAUAGAAGACGACCGAGUGCGACUUUCGAAGGUGACAUUUUCUAG